AUGGAAAAGACACAAAUAUGGCAAAGACAUAAAUAUGGCAAAAAUGCAAAUAUGGGAAAGACACAAAUAUGGGAUAAACGCAAAUAUGGGAAAAACGCAAAUAUGGGAAAAACGCAAAUACGGGAAAAACGCAAAUAUGGGAAAAACGCAAAUAAGGGAAAAACACAAAUAUGGGAAAAACCAAAUAUGGGAAAAACGCAAAUAUGGGAAAGACGCAAAUAUGGGAAAAACGCAAAUAUGGGAGAAACGCAGAUAUGGAAAAAACGCAAAUAUGGGAAAAACAUAACAUGGGAAAAACGCAGAUAUGGGAAAAACGCUGAUAUGGGAAACACGCAGAUAUGGGAAAUACGCAGAUAUGGGAAAAACGCAAAUAUGGAAAAAACGCAAAUAUGGGAAAAACGCAAAUAUGGGAAAAAUGCAAAUAUGGGAAAAACGCAAAUAAAGGAAGAGCGCAAAUAUGGGAAAAAUCCAAAUAUGGGAAAAACGCAAAUAUGGGAAGAACGCAAAUAUGGGAAAAACGCAGAUAUGGGAAAACGCAGAUAUGGGAAAGACUCAGAUAUGGGUAAGACACAUAAAUUGGAAAAACGCACACAUGGGAACAUUGCAAAUAUGGGAAAAUUGCAAAUAUGGGAAAAACGCAAAUAUGGGAAAAUUACAAUCGCAAAUGUGAGAAAAACGCAAACAUGGGAAAGACGCAAACAUGGGAAAGACGCAAACAUGGGAAAGACGCAAACAUGGGAAAGACGCAAACAUGGGAAAAACGCAAGCAUGGGAAAAACGCAAAUAUGGGAAAAACGCAAAUAUUGGAAAAACGCAAACAUGGGAAAAACGCAAACAUGGGGAAAACGCAAACAUGGGGAAAACGCAAACAUGGGAAAAACGCAAACAUGGGAAAAACGCAAACAUGGGAAAAACGCAAACAUGGGAAAAACGCAAACAUGGGAAAAACGCAAACAUGGGAAAAACGCAAACAUGGGAAAAACGCAAACAUAG